AUGAGUUUAAUUAGUGUUCAGUCUGCCGGUGAAUGGCAGGGCAUUCUCAGCGGCACAAAUGUCGUCAUUGCCGACUUCUAUGCCGACUGGUGCGGCCCUUGCAAGAUGAUUGCACCGCACUUCGAACGUCUCGCGAAGGAAUAUUCCAAGCCGAAAAAGGUCGCCUUUUGCAAGAUUAACGUCGACCAACAGUCCGGCAUCGCUCGUACCCACGGCGUCAGCGCCAUGCCCACCUUCAUCAUCUUCCACGGUGGCCAGGCCGUCGAGACGAUCAAGGGCGCGAACCCGCCCGCCCUUACCCAGGCUAUUCAGAACGCUCUCAAGCUCCCCGACAAGGGCGGCAGCUCUGCUGCUUCGUUCAGCACUCCUGGCCGGACUCUUGGUGGUGACCAACGUCCCCGCGCCAGCCUACAGCGCCCCAUCCAGUGGCAACUUAGCGGCAUCUUCAGUAACCUCAUCACAUUCAUCGGGCUGUACCUCGUCUCGCUGUUUGCAAUUGAUCCUCAAAAGGCGGCCGAGAUGUCGCAAUUUAACCGCGUCAACCCCCCUCCCCCGCCGAUGAAGUCCGGCAGCGGCGCCGGCCCCGGUUCGAAACAGGCACCGAGAGCGGCAGCGUUCAAGACUCUUGCGGAUCUUGGCGGCGACGAAUAG